AUGGUCGUGAACGGAAGAAUGGAAAAAGGCGCCAAAAUUGACACAUCCAUAGCGACGCUCGAAGAAGCUAUGGUUGAGACUGGUUUUGGAAUAUAUAACAUCAUGCAGAUGCUGCUAAGCGGUUUGAUCCUUAUGGGAGUUAUCAUGCAGAGCCUGGUUAUGGGGUACGUGUUGCCGGCCGCGCAAUGUGACCUAGACCUCACUAUGCAGCAACGAGGAUGGUUGGCUGCGAUACCUUUUCUAGCUAUAAUUGUCACGUCGUACUUCUGGGGGUAUAUCGCGGACACGCGCGGGAGACGCAACGUGAUGAUGUUUGCGAUGGUCGUCUCUGCCACGAUGGCCGCCAUUUCUAGCUUCGCGCCGGAAAUGAUUUCGUUUGGUUUCCUGGCAUUCGUCGCGGCUAUGUUUACGUCGGGACCUUCCGCGAUAGUUUACACGUUUUUGGGAGAGUUCACUAACAUGCAGCACAGGGACAAGAUAGUCGCUUUCGGAUCUUCUUUUGUGGGCAUCGGAACUGUGGUAUUGCCAGCGAUAUCCUGGCUUAUCCUCCCCUUAGACUUUUCAUUUCCUAUCGACUUUCUCAACAUCUCGUACCGUCCUUGGCGCCUGCUGGUCAUCGCCAGCACUAUUCCAUUCAUCUUGAGCACAAUCUUUUUGUUUUUCGCACCUGAGAGCCCUAAAUAUUUGAGUGCCUCGGGAAGAUCAGAAGAAUGUCUGAAAGUUCUAAGGAAAAUCUAUGCGGUGAAUAAAUGGAAGUCAGAAGACAGUUAUCCUGUAAAAACUUUAAUAUCUGAAGUGCAGGACACUAAAAAGGAAGAAAUUAAAGGGAUGAGCUCUAUACUAAGAUCAAUGAAGGACCAGACCCUCCCCUUGUUCAGGCCCCCUCUGGUGCCCUGGACUUGUCUCACUUGCUUCAUCCAAUUCGGAUUGUUUGCUACUACAAACGGUUUCUACGUCUGGUUCCCGACUAUAUUAAAUUCUCUUGUGAACCACGAGGGGGAGGAAAGCCGCAUCUGUGACGUUUUAGAUUCUGAAAAGAACAAAUCGCCUAUAAAUGGCACUGAGAUCAUUUGCGACGACACAAUGAACACAGCAAUCUUCGAGAUGUCCAUAUACAUUGGGCUGGUCUUCUGUUCUAUGUACAUUAUCGUGGGAUUCCUCGUAGACUGUUUAGGGAAGAAGACCAUUCUCGUGGUGGUGCUCACCAUCACAGGAGUGUGCGGGAUCGUGGCUCACCACGUGUACAACCAGAUGGUGGCGGUGGCUUUGUUCGCCAUAUUCCAGAUGUGUGGUGCUUGUAUUGGGCUGACUAAUGCUGUUGCUGUUGAGCUCUUCCCUACUAAGUACAGAGCGAUGGCUGUGUGCCUCGCCAUGAUGAUGGGGCGCGUGGGCUCCAUGUGCGCUUCCAGCCUCAUCGGCGUCUUCUUAGAGACCAACUGUGGACUCAGCUUCUAUCUGUUCGGAGGGAUUAUUAUUGUGUGUGCGCUGCUGUGCUUCACUCUGCCGGCUAAGAAUAGUGGUCCAGUUCUUAUGACGAAGAAACCGAAUGAACCUUACGUACCCGCU